AUGGCUUCACCCACCUCAACAUGCGCUGAAGGUUGCGAUGCGCCUGAAACCUCUGCGACAUGUGGAGAGAAGGAUCGCACGAACGAAAAUUAUCGGUCUUUGACUAUAGAUGAGGACAUGGAGAUUCGCUUGUAUUGUUGUGGUGUCCUUGACAGAACUCAUGCGGAGUAUGUGAAUCUUGAGGAGUUGAGAGCCAUGUCCAUCCGACAAGCACACCAGACUGACAUUGAGUUGUUUCGUCUUAAAAUCAGCCCUUCCAAUUGGCUAAUCGAUUCCCCCCAAAUGUUGGCGUGGAAAAACACUCAUGAUGCACAUUACCAAAUAAGAGAAAAUUACGAUAGAGUGGCAGCAGUUCGCAUUGAAGAAUUGAGAAAUGCUUUCCAGCAGCAGCUCUUGGUAAGUUCACCUGUUCAAUAAACGUGCUUGAGCUGACAGUUGCCAGCAUCAAGGAAUAAAGAAGACUCGAGAUGCGACCGUUCCAGCAUAUACAUUCGUCAAGUUCCUUGAGCUACCUGUUGAACUACGGCAUAUGAUAUGGGUAUUUGGAACUGGCCACAGAAAUCCUAGGGAACGCGAUUUAGAAUACACACGCGCGAAACUCCCAUUUUUGAAUCAAAGCGUAGUGUUUCCCAGCCCAGAGAGCGACAUUUUUCCUCUCCAUUAUCAAGGCCGUGAACAGUACGCUUCUUCUCCUUCUCCAUUACGCGAAUCUCCGCCAUCUCUUCUUCAUACUUGCAGAGAAUCUCGAGCGGUAGCCCAGAAAAUAUUCUUUGCGCUACCCUGCAAUCUGUUGUAUGGAGGAUUCUCCAGCCAGCUGUACUUUAAUAGCCUCUUCGACAACUUUUACAUGGAAGGUACCUGGGCUUCUCAUGAUGUGAUUUUGAUCUGUCUUUUGGCAAAGUUUGGCUCGAAAAAAGCCCCUUUGCCGGAAAUGCUUCAUUACAUCAACUUGGCACAAGCAAUCAGGAAUAUGACAGUCUCUAUUGAUAUAUUCGUAGAUAUUCCGAUAAAGUACUGGGCCGAGUUUACAAGCCUCCGCACCUUGUCAAUCGGAAUAUACCAUGAGCGUAGCGAUACUGAAACCCCUGACGAUGUAAUGUGUUUUCCCCACGAAUUUUUGAACCCAAUUCCGGAAUCAAAUGAUGCCAAGCGUGCUGAAUACGUACUGCGCGUUACCACGAAAGCCUUCGAAUCUUAUGCAAAACGAAAUCCGAAGUUCAAGUCUCCAAAACUCGACGUGGUUAUUCAACACAAGGAGCACCAUAACAACUUCGCGAUACUUCCAGAAGAUGGCACCGAGCUCGAGAUUGCUUCAAAAUGGGACUUCGAGCACUUUCAAUACAUCCAAUUGAGCGGCGAAAAAGAAAGCGACCACCCAUGGAUCGAGGACUUUCUGGGAAAAGCUUGCAGAGAUACGGUUAACCGACACGAGCCAGGGGUUGCUUGUGCCUGUCUUGGUACCUUUGUAGAUGAAGUAGACCUCUCUACGAUGUUCGAUUGGGUGGAUGGUUAUUAA